UAUCAUAUAAUUAUUAUUUUGUGUUUCAGAUAGUCAAAAAAAAAGUAGAGCGUCUCGGGAGCAGCUCGAAUUUUUUGUUGAUUUUGCCAAGAAGAAUCCGGGACUUCUUGCUAACAAAAACGGCCCCACAAACCUCCACCGGGUCAAGGGCUUAUGGAAUCAAGUAGCAGAAGGGCUUAAUUGCAUGGGUGGUCCUGUAAGACCUGCUCUGAAAUGGAAGGAGACCUUGACUCACUGGAAGCAUUCCUUAAGGUCCCGAGCUAGAAAGCUAAAAAUUCAGGGACGAGUAACAGGAGGCGGUCCUCCUCCAACAGAAAAAACAUUAAGUGACUUUGAGGAGAGGGCACUGGGCUGCUUCGGAGCGAUAGCGGUGGAUGGGUUACCGGGUUUGCCAACCCUGGGCCUUCCAAAUGAUCCGGCUUCUUCACAGUAUGAAAGAGGAGUGCCAGAGGAGUGCCUAGAAGUACCUUCAGGCUCCCAAACGACGGCUGCGGAUGCAGUUUCUUUUGAAAAUUUAAGCCAGUCACAGAACCUUAGGUACUACGAUGAUGUGGAAGAAAUCCUACUGUCGCUAACUUCGGAAGCAGUCCCAGUUCCCUUACAACCGACACUGCCUUUACAACAACCCAACAAAAAGAAGAUUGACAGCACUCAGGCAUUGCUGCAAACGGUAAUAAAAAAAAAUAGACGAAAAAAAUAUACGGGAUACAGCAAUGCUUGAAGAAUUUUUCAAGGUGCAGAACUCGUUGGCUGAGGCGAUAAAAGGGCUGGGAGAUACAGUCCGUUACCUCGCGGACUCUAUCUCCCAGCAUAAUGCAUCUAAAGUGGACGAUGCAAAUCAAAGCAAAUCAUUUUCGUCUAGCGAUUAGAAAUAACCUAAUGUAGACAAAGCAAUAAAAUGCUAGUCAUUAAAUAAUUUUGAAGUUCCUAUUUAUUAUUUUUUUUACGUGAAAUAACUUUUAUUUUCUAUUUUAAGUAGAAUUUUUGUUUUUUUUUGUUUUUUAUUACCUAAUGUUUAAGAAUUUUUAGUUUUUUUUUUAUAACUUUAAGUUUUAAAGUAUGAAUAAAUAAUUACCUAUGUGAAUAAAAACAGUUAAUUUACUUGUUGUUGUUUUACAAUUGUUUUUUUUUCCUUCCUUAUUUACCAUUUUGUACGACUUCAAGAAACAAAGCAAUUUUUUCAUAUAAAUCUAUCCUACAGACAUGUUUUUUGUGUAUUCUAAUUCUGGUUGGUUAUACCUUUGACACACUGUUAGUAAAGAUACAUACUAACCAACGCAAAAAAGUAAGUAUCUCUACCAUGGAGCUUCCCUUUUACAAGACUCGUGUUGGCAUUCAUUUCACUUCCAAGUCCCAAAGUCGGCAGCUGGACUUGUGUGUCAACAUUUACUUAUGUGUAAAAUGCAGAACAGAACAAACCAAAUUCGCUCGUCUGAAUCUCAUUAACUUCAGAUUGACAAAACGGUAGUUUUAUAGCAACUAGUUAGUGUUGUUGUGAAUCAAACUACCACGAGUAAGUUAUCACCCUUUGAAUAGGCAGUACGCCUAUGUUCCAUAAUUUUCAAAUAAUCCUUUG